CGUGGGCGCGUGCGGCCAACGUGAGUUUUUAAAAACAAACAGCAACAACAACAACGGAAGCAUCCGUUGAGGAUAAUUAAAAAUAAAUCAAAACUAGCAUACGAAUAGCUUAACCGGCGACUACACCAUUAAACCCCUCUCACAAUCACACUCCCGAGGCGGACACGUUGGGUCCGUUAUGUCAGCGGCGUCAAAUGGUCAAGUCUGGAAGCUGGUUUCCAGCAAUUGAUCUCCCAGCAGCUUCCAAUGCUCCUGCCGCUGUUGGCGUCGUUGUUGGUAGCACCCGCGGACGCUUACUACGGACAGGAGCUCGAUAGGCUUGCAGAUGAUGCGGACGAGGUGAAAUUGGGCUGCGACCUGAAUCCGUGCCAGAACAAGGCGACGUGCGUUCCGGACAAUCACGGGUCGCUGGGAUUUCGCUGUGUCUGCUCGCCACCCUACAUCGGGGACUUCUGCCAGGAACAACAGGCUGUCCAUUCCUCGGGGCACGUGAGCUGGAAGGUGCUCGGAUUGGCAAUUUCCAUCAUCGUGCUGCUGAUUGCUCUGCUCGCUUGCAUCGUCUAUCUGCUCGUCAGAGUGAGAUACUACUUUAAAGAUUUGCAGAGCACAAUAAAGUCCCUUCAGGAUGCGCUGACAACGAGGUGGAGGAGGCAGCCCGGCCACAAGAUGGACUCGCGACUGCUGCUGCAGCAGAUGGGAUCCAGCCACAGAGGCCACUGCACCGAUUCGGCGGCGUGCGAGAUCAUUCCUCUCGUGCGCAGGGAGCCCCACCAAGAGCUGUCGAGCCACCAUCCCCACCACCCGCUGGCCCCGCUCGCCGCCACCACCGCCGCCGUGCCGUCCACGUGCACCCGCAACGCCUCACAGUGGAGGCGGGCGUCCCCCGAGCCACGCUGCAGCUUUCACGUGUCAGCCCGGCGCGCCCCGUCAGACGCCGUGGCCACGCUGCACUUCAUCGAAGAUGACGAAGACGACAGCAGAUCGUGCGAAACCGACAGCUUCAUCGACCGUGACUCCCGGGAGGAUAGCAGCUGCAGUGCGGAUGGAGAGAUGACCCCCUUGACCUCUCCUGUGAACCAGGCGACGGCCAGGAAAUAGGUGCACGCGCAUGUUCGGGAUGCGUGACCGGAUUUUGUAUUUUUUCCAAAAAUACCCAAGAAAUCUGGCCUAAAUAUGACAUUACGGAUGAUCCGGAAUUUUUUUUUUUCAUUUCGGAUUGAUUGUAAACUGCAAGGUAACCGGAAGUGAUGUCACCCCCAUUAUGUAGGUCAUUGUGUGUGGAGGUGUCAUGGUCCAAAUGAGAAUAUACAUUCUACCUCACUGGGUAAAACCACAUAGCCACAUCGCCCCCUACGGGUGAUGCCACUUUUGCUUAAUUUAUUAAAAUAUUACCUUUCUUUUGUUAUGUUUGAAUUAUUAGACUGAUGUAACUUUGUGGGAAAAAAUAUAUGAAACUAUAAAAAUGUUAAAUACUUCAAUAAUUACGAUUGGUUCAUAAACAAUGAAUGUGUUAUUGCAAUGUAAUACAUUUAAAUAAAUAAAAACUAAAUAAAAUCUUAAA